AUGGUGAACAACGAAAUGAAUCAAACAAUCAACAUAAGCUCAGACGACUGGUAUUUGGUGAAUGUGAAACAAGGAGGAUUUUAUCGGGUUCACUACGCUGACAAUAACUGGGUCUUAUUAAUCAAUCAAUUGCAAAGGAAUUUCACGGCUAUUCCAGUCUUCUCACGCGCACAAAUAUUGAAUGAUUUAUUCAGUCUAGCAAAUCAACAUAUCGUACCGUAUACUCUUUUCCUGAACGCGACAAGAUAUUUAAACUGUGAAGAUGAGUUUCUUGUAUGGAUAACAGCUAGUCGAGCGCUGCUUUACAUUAACAAGGUGCUUGCUCUGAAUGAGAAUUAUGAAGAUUUCCAAGCAUACUUGCGAACUCUUAUCGAUAACCGAAUUCGAUCAGCGAAUUGGUCAUUUGUUGGUGAAGGUCAAGAUCUUCCAAAGAUACGUUUAGACUAUAAUGUGAUCAAACUCGCUUGUAUAGCUGAACAUCAUCUUUGUGUGAACAAAACUACGGAUCUCUUCAGACAAUGGAUGUCGAAACCCGAAACGAACCCCAUACUACCUGAUUUGAGAGACAUUACUUAUUGUACAGCUAUUCGUCAUGGUGGUCAUGAAGAAUGGAAAUUUUUAGAAAGUCAGCUGAUAUUGAAUGAAACUGUGAAUGAGAUUGAGAAUGAAAACAAGAUGCUGGCAUUAACGUGUUCUCGCGAUAAAGAAAUUAUGAAAAGGUAA